AUGGCACUUGGACAAACGAUAUAUGAAGAUGAGAAAGCGUAUCAAGAGGAGCAGAGGAGGAGGCGAAGACUUAUGAGAGUCCGGAGCACAGAAGAAGUGGGAGCUGUGACUAGAGUGAGAACUCCGAUUGGAGCAAGCCUCAACUUUCCAGCUCAAAGCUCUGGUCGCCUAGAGCCAGCGGGAGUCCACAAACUGAUUCAACCCACAGACACACGAGGUAGAUACGAUUUCGAACCAUGGUCGGAUUGCAACCGGGCGAAGAGUUUGGAGCUAGAACGGUUUCAAAACAUAACUUUUGCUAUUCGGGGAUCGUCUAAGCUUAAUCAUAUACAUCUUGGAACUAUAUCGAAAUACUUGGAGCAGCCCGAGUUAAACGUUUCGUCAGAUCGAAGCGGCUUGAUUCAGAACUGGUUCGGACCGAAACUGUUCGCUUCAUGA